AUGCCGCUCCGCACCGCUUCUCAUAGUCUGACCCGCAGAACAACGAAGGAUGGAAGGAAGAGAACAUUGUCGACGGUCUCCAAUACUACUACAACUACUCAGGCUGGACCUGGGGAUGCCUCCAAACAUGGUGAAAAAGGAUCAAGUGGGCCAAAUAAGGCGUUGAAAUCACAGAAGCCCGCAGAGCCUCCAGUGGAAGCGAUCGCCGAACCGACAAAGAAAGUCCCCGAUGUAUUUCAAUUCUUGGAUGAGAAUGAUGAUUCAUCGUCGGAAUCAUCAUCGUCAUCGGAAUCAGAAUCCUCUGAUUAUGAAGCGCCUCCAGUCUCCGCACAAUCCGUCGCGAAGAUCCAGUCUCCCAAGCCGCGAACAAAUCCUACCUCGCAUGCCUUACUGGCGGAAACCAAUACAUCCCCAAAGGCACCGACCAUUCCUAUAUCUGCCAUCCCGUCAAGAAGCCCUAGUGACUCGCGACCGCCACCACCGGCGCCCUCGGCGCCUGCUCCAACAGCGAAUCAAUGGCAGGUAACGCGAAAGCAGCCUCCAAAAUCUUCUGCCACAGGCUUCUAUGAUACUUCGGAGGCGGAGACUUCCCCUCUACCGGCAAAGCGCCAGUUGCAGAUAUCUCGACCUGAAAGUUACUAUACGUCAUCAAGGGACAUGGUGCAUCGGCCAUCUCUGCCGCCAUCACCCCCUAGCAGUCCUGAAGAUAGUAUACAUCGGGGAACUCCAUCAAAACGAAGAAGCUCCAGUGCUUCACAAAUCUCAUCGGGAUAUGGAGUGGUUGCCUCACAUCUCACCCACUCUGCGAAAGAAGAGAAAGCAGGGUUUCCACCACUGUAUCGGCGCUUUGGGGCCGUGAACCACCGCGUCCUGUUGUACCUCCAAGACGAGAUCUCCCAGAUGGAAGAAGAUCUUCAGGCACUUGAUGAGUAUGAGGAGAUGCAUCGGGUUGCAACUGCGGAAAAAGAGGGCACAAAACCCAUGCCUGCUUCCAGGCGCAUGGACGUUCAGUCCCAGGCCUACUCUUCGCUGCAUUAUCGCCGCAUGGAAUUGAUGGCGGCUCUGACCCAGAAAAUCGAACAGUACAACAACGCCCUCAGUUCGUACAGCAAAGUUUUGCAAACACUACCACUUGCCUCUGAAGACGACAUCCAGAAUUAUAGAUCGUGGAUGAAGGCACACAACCCCAUUGCAGCAGCCGAGACUAGAUUUCUGGACCAAGAUGCCGAUCUUCUGUCUCUGGCUCCACGGCUAGCAGCGUCCGCAGCUGCGGCACCGGUCUACAUGGCCAUCUUCAUUGCGUCUGGUGCCCUUCUCCUGCCUCUACUAGCAUUCAGCAUGAUUGCAGAAUUCUCGGGCCGGCUGGUCGUUGUGACAGUUACCGGCGGUGCAGCCGCAGCUAUCGCAGCGAACUAUUCCGCAGGGAUUGACACCCUAGUGGACUCGAGAGAUGGUUGGAGGUGUACAAUGCUGUAUUUCGGUUUCAUGACCAUUGCCGCCAUGUUCAUACCUUAG